CCGUAAACUCUCCGCCAAUCAGCGAGCUGGAUGGCACAAAAGGAGCCAGGUGCGCAGAAGACCUGCGCAAACGCGGUUUCCCGAUGGCGACCCCUAACCGGAGAAGUUUUCCCACCACCACAACUUUGAGCAGCUCUCCUUCAAGAAACAUGCCAAGAAACGACGACCUAACACCCCUGGGCGAGUUAUGAGUCUUCUAGGAGACGUGAGACGGACGCUGGUAGCCGGAAUCCGACUGUAACACGACUUACAAGAUCCAUUAUCGAGGAACCUAGCUUCUCCGCCCCGAUGAGCCAGAAAGCGCGGGUGAGCAGUGCCGACCGCCAGGUGAACCACACGCGGGUGGAAGAUGAGAGUUCCAUACAGGAGCACUAUGACUUCGGCCCCAAGCUGGGACAGGGCAGCUUCGGCAUCGUGUUUGAGGCAGUUCACAAGGAAACAGGCGUCAGAUGGGCCAUCAAGAAGGUCAACAAGGAAAAGGCGGGUAGCUCUGCAGUGAAGCUCCUGGAGAGAGAGGUGGCCAUCUUGAAAAAGGUGAACCACCCGAAUCUCAUCCACCUGGAGGAGGUCUUUGAGACACCCAGGAAAAUGUACCUAGUUCUGGAGCUGUGUGAGUCGGGGGAACUGAAGGAUUACUUUGACAAGAAGGGGUCCUUCUCUGAAGAGGAGACAAAACACAUUAUCAAGAACCUGGCCAGUGCAAUAGCUUAUCUCCACAAAAACGAUACCGUCCAUCGUGAUUUGAAGUUAGAGAACAUUCUAGUUAGACCAGAUGAAUCCAGUAAGGAGGAAAGUGAAGAAAGGGCGGAGCAAGACCUCCUCAAUGUCAAGAUCUCGGACUUUGGGUUGUCUAUAGUUAAGGGGAGAUCGGGUAGUGAUUCCAUGAUGCAGGAUGUCUGCGGUACUCCCAUCUAUAUGGCUCCAGAGGUGUUGAAUAAUCACGAUUACAGUCAACAGUGUGACGUGUGGAGCAUAGGAGUCAUCAUGUACAUGCUGUUGGCUGGCCAUCCACCAUUCUUCGCGAAAGAAGAGGAGAAACUCUACGACUUAAUAAAGAAAGGAGAGUUGGACUUCUCUGAACCUGUCUGGGAAGAUAUUUCUGAAGAUGCUAAGAGCAUCCUGAGCAGUAUGUUGCGUGUGGACCCUGCUCACAGACUAACGGCUAGUCAGAUCCUGGACCAUCCAUGGGUUACCGGGCUUGAUGGGAACUCCACCCAGCCUACAAACGUGUUAGAACUGAUGAAACAGUGGGGGAAGGAGUUGAGAGAUGAGGAGUUUUCAGAGGAGGGUGAGGACAACAACAAUCAGACUGAAGAAGACCUCCAGGAGAACGGUCUGGAAGAGGACGAGAACCAGGGACCAGAGGACAAGGAAAAGUCAAAGAGUUUGACGUCCCUCACUGGGCAUGUGCAGCGCCGAUCGUCAGCAGACACUGCUGAACAACUGCACGAAGCAGAGAUGCAUCGAAUUCGAAAGGCCGCGGGUGCAGGUAGAAGAGCCUCCAUGCCGGCGCCGUACCUGUCACAACAUAAUCCUACCAACAGGAAAGUCAGCGCUGCACCCAAAUUCUCCUCGCAUAAACCGAUGAAAACAAAAGUGGACUCUCCAGAAAUUGUCAAGUCUCAUCGACGUAAAACGGGCAAGAACAAACACCCGAGAAGUGUACAGAUCACAGAGGGGUCAACACCAGUGUCACCAAUGAAGGAAAAGAGAAAUAGCGUUUCGCUAGGCACCUCCAUCAGCAGACAAGCCAAGCCGUCGCCUCUCAACUCACCCCACACAACAGCCAAGAGCUACAAGCCCUCCACCCCUGGGCAGUUGCCAAAAUCCUCCUCACCUGGGGGCAAACCAACCAAUGGGAAAGUAAAGAAAAAGCCAAGUACAUAGUAAAAGGUGAAAGGUCGAAGGUUAAAGGCCAUAUGUAAGAUGUAUAGGAGAUUUUAUGCAUGCAAAGCUUUGCUUUAUUCUGUAAAAGAAAUUGAAGAUGCUGCAAAGUUGUGUGUUUUUUUUUUAUUAGACUGGAAGUUUUAUUAUUUGAGUUGCAAAAAAAGCUUCUUGUGAAUUCUGGGGGGAAAGAUAU